UCGGAUAUGCCCGCUACUUCCUGCGUGUGUAUGUGUUCGCCGAGAUUAGACUUCCCGCUCCGAAAGAGGUGUACUGAUAUCAGUAAGCGCAUUUGUUCUGCACGUCUGUAAGGAAGGAAUUCGAGGUUCACCAGUUUUCAUGUAAAGAUGACACAAACCAGUACUGAUCGCUGACUUGGGAGUAAAAGGUCAACUGUUGGACAAUGAGGUGAAGGUGAUCAGCUGCUACAUUGACUCCUACAUUUCUGAGUCCACACCUGUCUAAAUCGAGCUCAGGAUCAACAACAACACACAAAAUGCACUCUCCAAGCUGUGAUAUUCAGCAGGAGACUGGUGGAGACAUAAAUAGCCAAAGUCACAAGGACAAGAACGAUUCGUGCCACACCUCUACAGUUCCCCCUGGCUGGAUCAGAGAGGUGAAGCAGAGGAAAACAGGCAAAACAGCAGGCAAAAUGGAUGUGUACAUUAUAAGUCCCCAAGGGUUGAGGUUCCGGUCAAGAGCAUCCCUGCAUGCUUUCCUCCAAGAAAAUGGAGAAGGGAACUUGGACAUAAACCUUUUCAACUUCACUGCCUCCAGAGGUGAUGAUGUCAUCACCCCUUCCCAAGUGAAACAGACAAGACGAAAGAAAAAACAUGCAGAUAAACAGCAGGUAGAUGCAACAGAAAUAUUGCAUCCACCUCCAAAUAAAUCUCUAAGAGCCUCUUCAUUGCCGAGAUGUACUAAAGACAAUAAAGUAAAGAUUUCAGAAGAUACUAACCAUUUUAACACUGACACUGUACCAGAAGAGAUUCCACAUGUACAAGAGGCACAAGCUGCACCUUCAACCACAGAGGAUGAUAUGGCACUGCAGAGGAGCCCUCAGAGGGUCAGCAGAGGGGGUCUGCUGAGAGAGAAGCUACUCAGACUCACUCCUAGCAGUAACCAACAAAACAGCUUGAUUGUUCACAAAGACAAGCAAGCAGUCUCGCAGCCUUCUGUGCCGACUCUGAAUGUUGAACCUGCCACUGAGAGCGAGAACGAGGGUGAGGAUGAACGAGGCAGGAAGGAGAUACAGAUUCACAGCAAAGGUGACAACAAGCCUAAUUCUGAACUGGAUGCUGUUGCUGACAGUCGCCUAGAUGUGGAAGAGGAGGUGUUGUUACCUGAAAUCACUGGUGGGAGCUGCACGCUAGUGAGAGAUUCCCAGAAUAAGUCCAAGAGUGUGGAAGACAAAAGGAAAACAAGCCCAUAUUUCAGCAGGAAGCCCCCCGGCGAUGUCCUCAGCCCACCCAGGAGGAAGGUCUUCAAGAAGUGGACACCCCCUCGAUCCCCUUACAGCCUUGUGCAGGAAACUCUUUUCCAUGACCCCUGGAAGCUCCUGGUGGCCACAGUUUUUCUAAAUAAGACCAGUGGCAAGAUGGCAAUACCAGUCCUGUGGCAGUUCUUUGAGCGGUACCCCUCUGCAGAGGUGACCCGGGAGGCCGACUGGAAGCCCAUGUCUGAACUUAUGAAGCCGCUGGGCCUGUAUGAGCUCAGAGCUAAAACACUCAUCCGCUUCUCAGAUGAAUAUCUGACUAAACAGUGGCGUUACCCCAUUGAGCUACAUGGCAUUGGGAAGUAUGGCAACGACUCCUACAGGAUCUUCUGUGUGGGAGAAUGGAGGCAGGUGACACCUGAAGACCACAAGUUAAACAAAUACCACGCCUGGCUGUGGGAGAACCAUGAAAGACUUGGAAUCUGAAACACAGAGUUUAAGGAACUGCAAGGAAGAUUUGUUGUGGCGCAGUUAUCUAACAAUAUUAGUAUUAUGAUGAGCUUACAAUGUUAAACCUGGAUUUCUUUGCAAUUAUGCGGUGACUUUCUGAAGGUAUAAGUGUUCUUCAGUAAGUUUUAUUGAAUGAAUAAUAAAAUGUUUUAAAUGGUUUAACUUGAA